AUGGGAGAUGGAUUUGGAGAACGCCAAACUGAAGCCAGAGUACCAGCUUUUAGCGAGAAAAUAAUGGCGAGCUCCCGUAGUAGAACAUUACUGAAUUUAGCCCUCACGAAUGACACACCUAUGGACAACUGUAUUGAAGGAGUCAAUCGUGAUGAGAUGACAGUAAACAGUAGUGAUCCAUUCACUAUUGAGCCUUGUAAUGAUCUGACCAUUACUACAAGUUCUGAAAAACCUUCUGCCAUAAAAAUUCUUGAAGAGAAACGAGUAGUCCUGGAUCCUAAAUCCGGGCGUUUUGUUUUUACGGACCAGUAUCAAGAAACCAAUACUACAAUACCAGUAAACGCCGUUUUGGAUGAAAGAACGGGUCAAUUUGUUUCAGCAAGCUUUGAUGACUUAAACUUUACCUCAGGAUCCGACUAUUCACCAAGUGAAUCUGAGGAUCUUUCUUCUGAAUCAAGUUUAUCUGACAGUGGACCUUCAUAUUUAUUAUUGGACGAAUCAUCUGGAAUAAUCACAAAGAAGAAAUCACGAAAAGGUCAGGGAAAUGCUUUGAACUGGACUAGGAAUCAAAGAAAACGUAAGAGAAUGCAAGGUAAAGAAUAUUCAUCGAUCAAAAGAAGCAAAGAAGUGACUGGUGUCAUGGAAAGACGAAAGGAAAGAACUUUAAAAUCUCGUUGCUGUUCAGAAACAUGCUCGAAAAAAUUUGGUAAGCAAUGCAACCAAGUAUCAGAAGAAGACAGAAAGGAAAUUUUUAAAACAUUUUGGUCACUUUCAUGGGACGAAAAAAAAGCGUAUGUUGUUGCUAUGGUAUCGCAUAAGCCAGUUGCUUUACAAACAACUGGUACUAUUUCUCGACGGACAAACACUUUAACUUAUAAUUUGAAAAUUUCUGGGGAUACCAAAGUUGUUUGUAAAAAAAUGUUUUUGAAUACAUUAUCUCUAGGCGAAUGGAGCGUGUCCAACUGGGUAACUAAAAAUCCACAUACAAGCGACAUAGGGAUGGUGAAAAAAAAUAACCCAGUUAAACGUCAAAACAAAAAAAAUAUUGCUAAAGUUAAUCAUGUAAAGUCUUUUCUCGACAACCUACCAAAAAUGCCGUCACAUUAUUGCCGACAGAGCACCAACAAACAAUAUAUUGACGUUCAAUAUAGGACAUGGGCAGAAGUAUACACAGAUUUCAAAAAAUAUUUAACAGAACAUGAUAUCGAUAAUAGCGAAAAGGCGACGUACAAAUGCUUUUUAGAUGCAGUUCACAAGACUAAUAUAAGUAUCUACAGACCAAAAAAAGAUCAAUGCGACGUUUGUUUUGCUUACAAAAACAAAAACGUCCCAGAAGAUGAAUAUCAGCUACAUAUAAAAAGUAAAGAGCAAGCACGAAAAGAAAAAGCAAGCGAUAAAGAACGAUGUAAAAACGGUGAUAUUCAGAUGUUCACUGUAGACUUGCAAGCAGUGCAAACCAUCCCUCUGCUUUCAGCGGGUUCCAAUUAUUUUAAAACCAAACUGUGUGUACACCAAUUUACCAUCUACAAUGAAAGUGACAAAAAUGUUUCAUGCUAUGUCUGGCAUGAAGCUGAAGGAGGCAUGGACUCUAACAUCUUUACUUCUUGUUUGAUAGACUAUUUGCAAAAACUAGAGGACAAAUCACGGCCAAUAGUCAUUUAUAGCGACGGGUGCUGUGCCCAAAACAGAAACACUACUCUGUCAAAUGCAUUGUUGUAUUAUGCAAAGGUCCAUCAUGCUGAGAUACAACAAAAGUACCUAGUUGUAGGACACACACAAAUGGAAUGCGAUUCCGUCCAUGCCUCCAUCGAACGCAAAAAGAAAGGAAAAGAGCUGUAUGUGCCAGCUGAUUUUAAUACAAUACCUCGAAAACGGGAUAGAAUUAAAGAGAGAAAGUGUCAGUCGAGUCCGGAUACACUAGAUCGUGCUAUCAAAAGAGCUAAUGAUGAUAAAAUUUCUCUGCACUAG